AUUUAAAAUUCUAUUUCCUAAAAUUAUGGCCUUUUAGAUAUAUGAAUCAAAGAGGAAAUAUUUUGUUAACUAAACAUAUAUCCAUAAUAAUCAUAUUUAAUAUGCUUAUUGUAUUUGUAUUAUCAAGUCAUGACCAUUUUGCAAAUGAAAACACCUUUUAUGCUCCCUUUAAAUGAAAAUAGGUAACUUUUGAAUAUAAUAAUAUUUUUUUUCAGUUCUGGACUAUCUCAGAGUGUACUAGGGUGGAAAUAGUUCACUUCCAAUACAGACUAAAACUUAAGAUGAAAUGAUGCGGAAAAUUUUGAUAAGUUUUGAUUAAAAUGAAGAAUGGAGAAGAA